AUGGCAAAGGAAACGCAGCAUGAUCUGCCCACGCUUGUGAGCUUGCUGCAGGCCACCGAGGUAGAGUGGAAUGUGUCAGCGCAGCAUCUGACCAACUCGAGCACGACAGGCAGUUGCAGCAGCAGUGGGGGUAUGGCCAGCGUACGAGUGGGAGGUCAGUAUCUCCGCUACGCGCAAGUGCUGCAGUGCAUCGAUGAGCUUUUCGCAGACUUGCGUAUGCGCUCCAGCGCUGCACUGACCGCGUGGUGCGCCUCACUGCGGAAGGACGACAUCUCGAGCCACUUCGGCGAGAUCAUUGUCGGCCAUGUUUUGCAGGGGACUCUCCCGUACGUGACACUGCAGCGAUGCCUGCGUCUCAUGGACACCUUUCUCGGCUGGGUAACUCGUCCCAACGCUGGUAGCGCGGACCUUGGCAUUGGCGCUGCUGGUUCGAGAUGCCAGGCCCUGGUCCCGAGCUGUGAUGUGGUCAAGUGGAUAGAACGGACGUGGGCGACAGUGACGACUCUGUCUCGUGACAACGCCGGCACCUCGUCCCCCACGUCCACCGCUAGUCUAUGUGGGGCAUUGCAGCUCCUACCCAUCCUCUUGCGCUGGAACCUGGCGGAAUCGCCGCUGCCACCGUUCCGCCGGGUGCAGCUGCCGCACCCGGCGAACAUGCUGUCUCUGGAGGCACGUCUCUUGGCCCUGCAGGUGCUACCGCUGGUGCUGCAGCACCAGUCAAGUGCGCUGGGCAUCCAAGCCUGCACCUACGAGAUGAUCGAGUAUAUAAAACGAGCGUGUACCAAGGCAGGGGAGCUGAGUGUGCGGGUCGCGGUCGGAUCGUCGCUCCGCGGUUUGCUGGAGGCGGGUCUGCGCGUAGCCUCACCAACGGUGGCGUACGGGCUGAUGGACAUGCUGCUCGUUCUCUGUGACGAGGCGUCCCUCCACGGUGUCGCUGACGAGGAAUUGCAUGAUGUUGGGGUGGCCAUGGGCUACCUCCUUGCCUUCUACCAGUUCGACUUUACGUUGAACGUUCUGGCAGACGUCCUGCAUGCGUCGGCCGCAUCCACAUCGAAGUCUGCAGGAGAAGAACGUGUUGGUCACCGCGGCGCUGGUGGUGGCGGUAGCGGCCGUGUGCGUUGGCAGUUCUUUGGAGGCUCAGACGCUAUUGAGGGGAGCCGCGUUGUGCAGCGGAUCUUCAACGAGCGCAUGAGUCGCACUGCCCAGCGGACCCUAGCCACGGCACUGGCAACACUCUGCAGCUGCUGUGCCACCACCGCCACCACUGCGGAUGCCAUUCAAUGCUGCUUCGUGUUGUUGGUUCCAGCCGCCGCAGAUGCGCGGGCGUACAUGCCGCGGCUUCUCGCGGACGCCAUUGUGGAGUGGGCCGCGCUGCUCCCCUCGAACGGAUACCGCGUGGUGCUGGCAAACGCGCUGCGCAAGUACAUCCAGAGGUCUGGCGAGGACAAGGCAGUAGCGCGCACUGCUAUGGUGGCGCUUCAGGGCGUCAUGCGCACCCUUACCUCGUCACUGGAAAUCGGCUUCAACGUAGCCGAGGACGUGCUGGCGGCGGUGCAGGCGACGCCGAGUCUUCUGAGCGCCGGCGUGGAGGUUCUGGCGGCGGUGGCGCGCACGAACGUGCUGUACGCGCGGUACCUGCAGCACCAGUGCGCGCGGGUCGACAGCGCAGAGGUGGCGAAUGCACUCACCUUCCAGCUGCACGUGCGGGCCCUUCUAGAAGCCUCCUCCACGCUUCGAGCAGGGCCCGCGUCGCAGGGGCACGCACUUGGCGAGGAAGACCGCGUCUCGUUGGUGCACAACUGCAUUCGGCUUUUACUACGCCUUAGCCGUGGCGACGCGCCUCGCAUCGUGCAGAACAUUUACUAUAGACAAGCGGAGCUGAUUUUCCGUCUUACCCACCUCCUCUACGACCUUCUGCAGGGAAGCGCCCCAGCGGUACUGGGGGCCAUUCGUGAUGUGGUGCUUCCCUGCACAGUGGGGUUCAUGAACCUCCUAGUCGUCAACCCUGCGCCAGCGAUCGCCUACUACAAGGCGGUCGCGACAGCGUGCGCGAUGCUACGUCGAGCGCCAGUCAUUAGUGACAUGGAGCGCAUGCUAGCGAUAGGCUUUCUCGAAGCACGUUUUGCCUUGCCGUACAGCGGCACAAAGCACAAUGCCAGUGCAGCCGCCUCGUCGGCAGAGACAGCGUACUUCGCCAUUAGUCGUGGCUCUGUCUUCGAACUCAUCUCCAGCAACCCAUGGCCCACGUGCAAAGACGACGGCAGCCUCCGCUGGCUCGCCGCGCAGGCGCUGAAAGACAUUGCCACCGCGUGCACGCAGGGUGUUCCGGUGCUCAGCUUCGUGGACGUCUGCGGCACAAUGAUCGCCUCGGCCGCGCAGUCGAUGCGGCUUCUGCGUGCGGAAUUCCUGCCUCAUCCUGCGUCCGAGGAGCUCUCUGGCGCAAGCUCCGCGGCUGCAGAGACCCCGGCCCACCCGGUGGAAGAGUGCGGUGGUCACGCCGUUCGGCUGUUGCGCUGGACACUGCGCCACUUUGUGCAGCGAGCCGAUGCCGCUGGUGCCUGCGUUGCACUCCUCACCUCCCUGCGCACGGAGUUGUACGAGGUGUACAGCACGCCAGUAAGCGUCGCUGCCGCGGAGAGCGCUGAGAAUGAGGCGCAGCGGGCACUUCGCCGGGAUGUGGCGCUGUGGAACUGCCUGUGCACCGUGGAGCAGCUCCUGCAGGAGGCAUCGUCUCGCACGGCGGCAACGCUGUGGCAGAAUGUGGAGUGGGACGCCGAGGUGAAGCAGUGGCAAUCAGUGGCAGCCCAGCUUGUUCCUUCUAUCGUUUGCGUCAGUGUGGAGGUGCGCCUGCUCGCUGCCAAGGUGCUGGGGCGCUGCUUGGCCUCCACAGACCAGGUGGACGUGUACACCAGCCAGGUCAUGAGCUCUGCAACGCAGGGGUUGGCGAAGAAGUCUGACCAAUACGACGUCCUCGGUGCUCUCCUAGCUCUCAGCGAGGUACAUAGCUGCUACAAGGAGUGCAGAGCAGCCGCAGUCAUUUCGGCGAGCACAGACAGCGACAGCAGCCCGACCCUUCCGCUCGCUACCUCGCUGCUGUCAAACGCGUGGAAACAACUCACGAGCUCCACGCCGGCAGCGAGCGACUCGGCAAUCAGAUCCGCACCGCUCCUCUUGCUUUUCUCUCUGCGCCUUGCGUGUGCGUAUCCGACAGAAGUUGAGGCGGCGUUGUUCGACAACAUCGUGGCGGUGCUGCUUGCCCCUAUGGCAGCAGCCAACCGCAUUUGGUGGUCGCCAGAGUCAGUGUUAGGGACGCUUACAGCGGUGCUGCAGCUCUGGGUAGCGUUCCCAGGCAAUGGCCACGGCGUGUCCGCUGUCCAGCACGGCACCGCACUGGCACUCCUGCAACAGACCCACGUCGCAGCUCUACAAUGGCAACGCGCCUCUGUGUCUACAGUGGUGGCGGCGGCGCUUGAUGCCGUGCACACCUACACGCUGAAGCAGCAGCGAGAAGGGGAACAGGAAGCGUUGGCAGGCACGCGUGAGGGGCACAACUCGUGGCACGCAUUGCUGUAUCAGUGCCUCGACCACAUGACCCUCAUACCCCCUGAGGAAGCGAGCGCGGCGUUUCGGCCUAAUGUGCGGGAGCGAGGGCAGAGCACAGCCCUCCGCCGACGCGUGGUGUCAGACGACAAGGUAUCAAGGCGUCUUGCUGUUCUCUGGAAGAUGGCGAUAGAGGGAGCCACAGAUAUUGCCUCGUCCGUGGCGCGCGGCAACGUGCGACUGUUGAGCCCAGUAGACAUUGCGGUGCAGGUGGACAUUACCAUUGCAGCCGCGACUCGGAGGGAGUGGGUGUCUGUUGCGCAGUCCAUGUACACGCUGCUACUCUCGCAGCGUAGCACAUCGACACCGCUCGAGGCCAGCGAGGCCGACUUGCCACUAAAGAUAUAUCUUGAUGGCAUCCGCGCGGUGCUGCAGGCGCGCUCGCCAGACGUUCAGGUGGACAUCUCGAAGUGGGGCACGGACAUGUUUGCGACCGUGGAGGAGGCGGACGCAGCCGAUACCGUGCGUGGUGGUGGCAGCAACAGCGAAGACUCCAAGGAGUAUGGCGAGGAGGACAUGGGCGGUAUCCUGCGUGAGGUGGGUGGGGCUGGUGGGGGUGACAGCGCAGAAGCGGUGCGAGGGUCGAUGACAUCCGACCUCGGAGCCGGCGGUGGUCGGUCUGCGGCUGCCUCUCUCACCUUCGAUAUCGCAGCCAAGGAGGCUGCUAUGUGGUUGCUUUACGGAGUCUUGCACUCGAUCAGCGCGUGGAGCAGCAGCGCCACGGGUCGCGAAAACGAUGAUGGGGCUCGAGAAGCGCUGCUGCCUGUGGUUGUAGCGGCGACGCCGCUAGUGGAGGUGCAUCCCGAAGUGCAGAUGUCGACUAUCGCCGUGCUGCACGAGGUACUGGUGGCGUGGGGCAACGCAACGCAGCGGCAGGGCUACAGCCUCCAGACUUCGGUACUCCUCCAGUGGAAGACGCAACUCGUUGUUGGGCUCACGGCGGUCCUUCAGCACGGCCUUCUGUCCCUCGAGGAAUGCGCCGCGCUGGCGGUACAGUACAGCCGGUGCAACAUGGCGGACCCGAGCUCGUGCCGCCGUGUGCUGCGCUCGCUACUGAUGCUGCUACACGCCUGCCACAGGCUGCACGAGAGAGGGCGCGGCUUCCUGCUGAUUGGCGGCAGCGGUGCCGGGAGCAUUAUUGUGGCCCUGGCGAAGGUUGCUCAGGCGUCAGCGAUGAACCCAGCAGGUAGUGGUAGUGCUGGUGAUGGUGCUGCAGACGCGGCAGCAGCGGAGCAGACACAGAGGAACAUCCUGCACUCGCUGACAUCGGCACCGUGUCAAGCCUCUCUGACGCUGCUGUGCGAGCUCCUUGUGAGAGCCGCGUCUCUGGCCAACGGCUACGUACAGUCCGCCGACACCGUUGGCCUUGGCUGGAGAGGCGGCGGUGGGGGCAGUGGCGAUAGCAACGACGAGGAGGACGGCACCUCAGCAACGUCCAGCGUGUGUGCCUCACGUACAUCGAUCAGCGCUGGUGAUGUACUGCAGGCGGUGGCGUUUCUCACGCAGGAGCCGCUAAAGAUGGUGCUGGGGCCGGCACUCCGGUAUGCGUCAGGCUGCCUGGCCGUCCUUGUGCUUUCAACCCUGGUGCUUCCCGCCACACCGCCACCUCCACCCGACGGCAACCCAUCCGCAAGCAUGACAGCACUAAGAAGCAUGGUGGUCCUCAGCAGUCAGCUGACCUCAAACCACCAGCGCCUUCUCGCGCAGCUGGCGCAAGAGAGACUGGGCACGAGCAUUGAGAAGCGGCUCUCAAGUGCUCAAUCGCUGCAGUCGGCGUGGGGCACUGUCGACAUGGAACUGCUGCGGAUCGUGACGGUGGCGCCAGCGUCGCGUGAUACAGCUGCGACGCUGCUCGAGCGCAUCACACCUGUACUAUCUCACUACGCUGCCGGUGGCUGGAGGGCAGAGGUCGCUGCCUCUCUUCUCCACAUGGGCAUGGCCGCUUCCCUCGAGCUGAAUGGGCUGCUUUCUAUCCUGAGUGCAUUGUCCGUGGAGUCUCUCCUCAGUGACGUACCGCCGGAAUCGCUAGAUCGGCUGCGCCAAGCGUUCCGCUCAUACGUACGUAGUGGAGGGCCGACGCGGGCUCGCGCGCUGGCGCUAGCUUCUCCAGCUGGCCUGCUGCUCUCGGAGCAGUGCGCAACGUCAGAUGAUGCCACUGAUGUGUGCCACUCACUGCUCGCUCACCGCGCAGCUUGGCCAGUGGUGCUGCAGCUGCUGUGGGAGGCACGCGACCCUCUUCACAUUGUCACCGUCAUGUGGAGCAGCACUUUGUCCCUAGCACAUACAACCCCCUCCUCGUCAACCUCGCUCCGAGAUCAAGUGCCGCAGCACAGGCUGCAGGCAGAGGUACUCCUUUCCAUUCUCGCCAGUCUCGGUACCUCCGCGGCUUCCAACACCGGCGUUGACGAGGCUGUGGUGCUCGUGCUGUUGCGUUGCGGUCGCCUCAUGUGCGAGUUACUUCUGGGCAUUAUGACCUCAGCCGAAGGACACGCUGCGGCGCCUGACACGGAUGCUCUGUACACCGUGCUCACGUACCUUGUGGUGGUGCUCUGCACCCCUCUGAGUGUGGCGUUUGCAGUGGCUCUGAAGCCUGUAGGUCUGCACUUGAUACGCACGGUGGCGCCAUCUGCUGGCCCGGUGCUGCGAGAAGCCAUUCGUCGUCUGGGGCCUACCAAGGCAAUGCAGCUGCGCUCCUUCAUGGAGGGAUCCUGCAUCUGA